AUGGCAGACAAAAAACCCAAGGAAAGAAUCAAGACUGAGAACAAUGAUCAUAUUAAUUUGAAGGUGGCGGGACAGGAGGGUUCUGUGGUGCAGUUUAGGAUUAAGAGGCAUACAUCACUUAGUAAACUAAUGAAAAGCCUAUUAGACACACCGCCUCAGUUGGAAAUGGAGGAUGAAGAUACAACUGAUGUGUUCUACCAGCAGACAGGGGGUGUCUACUAA